ACGUUUUGUUAUUGUUGUUACCAAAACAAUAGAUUUAAAACGAACUAAAAAAGCGGUGGGGUAUCUGAUUGUCCGAUUAGAUGCAGUUAAAAAGCGGCCCGGUCAGCAGAGAGCCCGUCAACCGGCCGCAGAAUUGAAAUUAAAGUGAACUUCGUGGUGCCAGGGAGUCCAUAAGAGGUCCCCCCCCCCAAAGCAAUUGGAUCGCAUCGGUUCUAUUGGGAGUUAUUAAUUUCUACCAACCGGCUGAAGCUCUCUGAAAGCAUAGGAUGAACAAAGUGAGCAAACACAUCCAGAGCGGAAUAUCGUCUAUGGGCGGCAGUGGUGGCCUCAACUCUUCGGCUCUGUUGGGAUCACCGCUAGACAUGGAUGCCAACGGAGCUGGCUCUGCCACCAGCAACACCAAUGUCUUCAAUUCCAUCAUGAGCUUCCUGCCUGACAAUCGUCCCAUAACAUCGCUUCAUAUUGUCGAGGAUUUCGAACGUUGCCCAAAAAACUUUAGUGCCAUUCACCGCACCUAUGACCAGGAUUCGGAUGCUGAUCUGUGGCGGGAUUAUAGCCUCUUUGGUCGCCAGAAUACGCGCUACUUGUGCUUGUCCAAGUCCGAAGGCUUGCCGGAAUAUGUCGUUGAAACUUUACAAGUCAUUGCCGAGAAGACUCAGCCGCCCAAGGAGUUCUCGCUACUGUCCCGCACGGCGGAUAGCGACCAGAAGGCCUGGCGCAAGCGACAGAUCGCCUACAAGCUGUCCAAGCGGGGCACCGUCACCCAGGCCGUGACCGACAUCAUUCUCUGCUCGAAGCUAAAGGUGGCACCCGACGGAUUUAGGCUAGCAGGCGACAUAAACGGUGUACUCAUCUGCUACAAGACGGGCGCCAUACCGGUGCGUAUGCCGCCGCCACUGCCAGCGGCCAAUGGAGCAGCCGCAACCUGUGAGGUGGAGCAGGCACUGAACAGGCUGAACUUGCAGGGACAGCGCAACUCAAGGGGACCGCUCCCACAGCCACCGACUGAGCAUCACGACUAUGAAGAGAUUAAGGCAAACUAUCAAAUAAAUUCGCCACAAAGACCGGCACCACCUCGGCCCGCGGCGGCAGCAGCAACAGCAUCUGGAGGCAAGGCUACUUACGGCGGCACCGGAACUCUGGGCACCUACACGGAACUGGAGGGUGUACCCUUUGUGAUGGACGUUAGGUUGCAGCGCAACCCAACCGCAACAGAGAUACCCACACUGCCAGAAAUCUCAACGAUACUUAAGAACCUGGACUAUGACUUUCAGCUGGAACGUCAGAUAUUGUGCACCAUGAAGUCAUCGGCAUCGAAGAACCCGUUCUUCAAGUAGAGAAGAAGCAUCACUGAAAAAAUAAUGGAAAUAUUAAGCAAUCCCCACUAGAGGAGCGGAGAAGCUCCUUUAUGUUAUGUUUAGUUUAGAGUAAGCUCGAUCGGAUCAGGUCCGAGGAACCAGUAGCACCCAGUAGUUAUUCAGUUUGAGUUCAGUUCUCUCUCUCUAAUGUGUGUAAUAUUCCUGUGCCUUCGAUAUAUAUAAUAGUACAUAUAUCUCAUUUUCAUUAUCCCCCAACCCAAUCCCAACCCAUUAUCGGCAUAAAUUCUAGAUUUAAACCGCAAAUUGUGAUCAACUGAGCGAGCUAUACAUAUGAUUUAUUUUCGUUAUAAAAAAUUCGAGAGAAGCCCACGCAUAAGAUAUAUACAUAUAUAUAUAUAUAAUCGAUAAAUCCCCAAUUACCUACCUACCUACAUAUAUACCCAUCUAGCAGCCUAGCACCUCAAGUCUCAAGUUUUAAUGUUAAAUGUUGAUGAAAGUCUAGAAAGCAGAUGAUUGGCAGGCAAACAGAUCGAAAGCUAAUAGUUUAUAUAUAUACAUACCACCUAGGAGUUACACACCCACAUAUAUAUCAGAUAUAGAUAUACCUUUA